AUGCCCAGACCACGACGUCCUCAACCUCGCAAAUCGAAGUCGCGGCGCACCGUCGACACCUCGGACGACAACGACUGGUAUACAAUCAGGAACAUCCUCGACGAGCGACUUGUAAAGGGCCGUGUAGAGUAUUUGGUCGACUGGGACGACAAUCAGAAGACAGGAGAAGCAUACUCCCCUACCUGGAGCCGAGAAGUUACAGACGCAGCCCGAAACGAGUGGGAGCAGAGAAAGCGGUCACGCGUCACUGAAGCGACUGAGGUUCGGACCCAAGAUAGCCAGGACAGCCAGCCGCCUCGACCGUCCAACUGGCGACAUCUCCAGAGACCCCAGACAGCUGGCCCGUCUGGCGCAUCUCGUCGACGACGGUCUCCUUCCGACGGCGUCGACACACAUCGCCCUGCCAAGGUUGCCAAAGUCGCACAUAGUGCCACGCCAUCAGAGGAACCCGUGCCAUCUAUUGUAUCUAUAUCAUCUCCUGAUAGCCUUGACGACCCUGACGGCCUCGACCGUCUUACGCAACAAAGCUUGAACGCUCCGCGCUCUCAACAGCUUGUUGUUGAGCUCGAGAUCAAGUCGGACUUUGACACGUCAGAAUACGCUAGCCAACACAAUACCCAGAGCAGCAGCCAGUCGUCGCAGCCAAUUGCUGAGUUGGAAGAACAAGACGAGCGGAGUCUCUUUGCCUCUCAGCUUUCCCGACAAACUAUUCCUGAUUCGCAAGAGCCUUCUAGACAGACCUGGACGCAGGAUAAGCAAGUGACUAGCCUUGCACCAUCCUUACAAGCUUCACAGGGUGGAAUAUCUGAGCACGAGCCUCAAAUUUAUAGUUGGGCUCAGGCUUCUUCUCAGCGCGCUGGCCACAACGAGGAACCGCCUACUUCGUCUCACUGGGAUAGUUCCAAUUACAGGGACGAGGAAAAGAGGGACCGGGAUCAAUCCAACUCCAACAUCCCGUCUCAUCAGCCUGCCCAGGAGGAAGCGCAGUCCCUUGUUGCAAGCCAAGACUUCGACCCAAGGGCACCUGCAACAAAACCGCAAUCUGUUCAGUCUCCCCAGGGAAACAAGAAUCUUGCUGCUAUACCCACUAUCAGUCCCGUGUUUCUUUCCCAAGUGGUGGCAGCUGAACUUAAUCUUCCCUCGAGUUCGAUCUCUAGCCAAGAAUCUCCCCAUAAAAGUGUGGUUGUCGAGACUCCGUCAGACACCAAACAAAACUCGGCCAGCACCCACCCACUGACUACUGAUCUUGCUGCAGAAUUUCGGGACCAAUCUCAGGGCGAGUCCCAGGACGCCCAGGUGCUCCAAAUCGACCCGUUCGUCUCGCACGUAAGGGCCUUCUCUGUCAGCCACGACACAGCCCACGCAUCACCCACAUUAUCUCCUCCGAAAAUUGAUUCACAAUCUUCGCCCGAGCCUCCUUUCGCCAUCGCAAUGGAAAAUCAUAGCUCCGCGAACCCGACGCCACAACCAUCAGCUGUUGAUGAGCUGAGCCAAAUCCUCAACUUGGAUAAGGUCAUGGCUGAAGGCCCAUCACAUCCUCUAGAAGAACAUUCUGCUGAACACUCUACGCCUGCCGAGAUCCCAGCUACCAAUCCAAGUAUCCAGGACCACGACCAGCAGCCUUCGUCUGCUGAACAUGAAUCUGCAGGCCCUCAAAGUGAGCAACUAGCAUUAGACACCCCCUUGGUUUCCCGGAUUUCUGCCGUGGUCUCAAUGAAGAGUAUCGUUGACGCAAUCUUUGCACAUCCAGAUUUACCUGCCUCUAGCACAAUGAUGCUGGACGCGCUACAUAAUCCUCAGCCUGAGUUGUCCACAGUCUCACCAGCAGACAUCUCAAAACAGCCCGAUCUCGCUGCUCCUCUACCUCUAAUGCCGUCACUACUUACUCACGACAACCUUUCCUCAAACGCCACGAGAAGCUCUGGCGUGUCUGUCCCAAUGGGACAGCCUCAACAAGACCAGGAGUCAAGCGAUGAUUCUGGUGAUGAAUCUCAGGAACCCAUCACACUCAGGCAUAUAAUCACACUGCCUUUCCAGGCCAGUCUGAGGCCACUGUAUGAUGACACCUUGCUCGAAUCAAAGCGGGAGGUAACACAGUUUGGCGCCAUAUUCAAUAGCGAGGACUAUGUGGAGCCAGACGAAACUCUCGUCCAGAAAAUUGACCAAGUAUUUAGUCGGCUGCACAAUAUCUGCGACUAUCCCCCGGAUGCAGUGGGUAGCACCCUUGAAGAUUUACCCUCUGACCAGCUCAUUAAAUAUUGCUACGAUGCGAACCCCAAGUUCAAUUUUAUAUAUGAACUCCUGCAAGGGCUUACCCAGGAUACUGAAGUUCUAAUUGUAGCCAGGUCUACUGAUCUACUCAGGCUCCUCUACCGCCUAACUGAGACACUACAGAUAAACUGCGUCUGUGAAGAGAUUGGUAAAUCUAGAAGUGAGUUUACAUCUAUAGCCAGGGUUACUCUUAUUCUUCCAGGAAAGAAUGUUGAGGAAGAUGACUUUGACAUUGUGAUUGGAUAUGAUCACUCCUUCGGUGGCUCGGAAAUUCAGAAGAAGCUGGAGCCAGAGAUACCAGAAGCGCGGUCACCAAUGGUGUUGAUAUUGGUCACCACACACUCUAUUGAGCACAUCGACCUCUACAUCUCCGAUGAUUUGACACCCUUGGAAAGGAAGAAUGCCCUCAUGUCUGGGAUAGUGCGGUCCAGACACCUUGUGAGCGACCCCGACCGUGGAUACUCAGAGCCGCACGAGAUUGCCAGCUUAUUCCUCGACUAUUUGAACGGACAGACCGAAGAAAUAACCUGGAAGCCUAUACCUGUCCCCGAAGACGUGAUGGAUAUCUAUCUCAACUCCCAGUCACGUUCGCAGAUGCCGGUCGAGGGAACACCGGAGCUUGAGAAUGCUCGGAAGCGCAAACUUGAUGACUCUGAUGAUGAAGAUGUGAAGCGAAUGCGUAUUUUGCCACACAGGCAGUCGACAGUGCAGACAAACGAGGCCCCAGUACCCGAUGAUGUAAAGGCACUACUAGACUCUGCAAACAUCGAAAACACGCUCCUCAAGGCUUCUCAUGUUCAUAUCAGCGUGCCAAUAUCUGUCUUACAAGUCUUGGCUGAGAAGAACAAUGAGCUCAAGCGUCAACUAGAGGCAGCAGACAGAGACGCAGAGUACAAAAGUCUCAUCUCCGGACUCGAGGCCCGCAUCAAGGAAUAUCAGAGGACAAACGCAAGGGUGUACUCGUCACAACGAGAGGCCCUAGAAGACCGCAUCAGAUUUGAGCGAGAAACCCGCAAGGCCGAGUCCAACCUUGUCCAAGCCAACGAAACGGCUCAGCGAGACGCGGAAAGGGCCCAAAAGAAGAUUGCUGACCUCGAAGCAACCGUUGCCCGCCUAACUGCUGACCCUUCCCACCCAGACGAACCGUCUCCCCUAUCCAAAACUCAAACGCUCCUUCAAGAAUCCCUCGGGAAAAUCGCCAUGCUGGAAAAACGUCUCGAAAACGCCCACAAGGACGCCGACUACGCCCGUAGUCUCUACCAAGACGCAACCGCCACAUCUAGUGCCCUGCGUGGCGAAAACGCUGACCUCAGUGAACAAGUCGCCGAACUGUCCAAAAAGACGCCAGAAACACUAGGCAAGGUUCACGAGAUUCAGGCAGAUGCCACAAUUAAGACAUAUCUCCAUCAGAUUCAGGGUCUGAGGACGCAGCUUCGCGAGCGGGAGCUUGAACUGGACUACACCAAGGAAGAAUUGCGGACAUUGAGAAAUGGACGCAGGGAGACUCGACAGGUCAGCGUGCCACGGAGCCCAAGAAUGGGCGUGAUGAGUCCCAGAACGGGGAGGGCGACAUACGGCAGCGCGGGCGGUUCGACUAGCAGGGGCACGAGCCCGGCUCCUACAAAUGUCGAGGGCGCGGGUGUGCUAGCAGGUAUGCAGUUUUUGGGGCAGCCUGCGAAUGGGAGGUGGCAGCAUCUUAGGGACUGA